AUGGCUCCCUCCACUUCGAAGGAACUCCCUGAUGUUGAGAUUGAUCUUCUGAGAACGGAGAUCUGGGCUCAACCAAAGGACGCUUCACUACUCAGUGUGACCGAGCAGAUCAUUUUAAACAACCUUGAAGUGAUUGCGCGUCAGAACACGCUGAUCUUGCAACUGUUCAUGAAGAACGACCAAGAGACGUCCAAGGCCAAAAAGUUUGUCUUCUGGGCAAAGUCCACACGUAAGAGCAAAAGGAGAAGAUUAGACUCCUCAGAGGACGAGGGAGAGUCGGACGAUAAUGAGGACCAAGCUGCGACAAAGGUGUUGCACCAGCGCUUCUCGGAAAAGAUGCUGGAAAAGUAUCGUAAAUUUAUCCGUGAGACCGGCUAUACACCUUAUGUGAAAAAGGGCAAAUCCAUUACCAUGGCGAAGAACGCUGUGGAGUUCCGAGAGGCGUUGGCCGAUGGGGUUGAGUCAGACGACGACUCUGAUGCCGGCUCGAUGUAUGCCCAUUUCCAGAAACUCUCAGAGGAUGCGUUGCAAGCGGUAUACUUGUCGCUUGGCCAGCGCCUGAAAACCAAACCCGCUUCCUCUGGCAACGGAGAUGGAUCUUCGAGGGCCAUGAACUCUGACGAGGCCCUUUCGUCGUGA